AUGAGGUCUGGGAAGGUGGAAGAGCAAGCCGUCACAGAAGAAAGUGCUGAAAAGAUUCUGGAGAUGUUGCACUUACACUACUUGCGAACAAGGAGUCCGGAAACCGCAGCUAGUCGUCUCUAUAGAAAAAGUACGAAAGCAAGACACAUUUGCUUCGAUUAUCUAGGGGCUCCGUUGAAAAUUGACCCCGAAGAAUUCAUUGAGAGUUUUGAGCAUGUAAAGCUGGAUACAGUAUUACAAUAUGUUGCUUUUCCAAAUAUCCGAGUACAUCCGGCCCCAGAUUACCCAUAUGCUUUGGAUAAAUCUACUGAGGAUGGAAAUGGACGCUGUGAUAUGAUGCUUUUCUUUCAAUGGUUGAAAGAUAAAGGAGUGAAACGUAUCCUAAAGGUCAUUGUUGACGACUCUAACACACCCGCCCAUAGCGACGAAGCGAUCGAAAAGGCUCUUCAAGGAUUUGAUGUCGAAAUUUUGGAUUGGCGCAAGGUGGACCUUUGCCCAGAGACAAUAUGGACAUCGAAUAGGAAAUUAAGAAAGGUUCAUCUCCAAUGGAGUGGAAAUAACGCUGUGCUUAGAGGCUGGAGCGAGCCAGAAGGACUGAGAAGGCUGGAGGAUUUGACAAAGGUCUAUCUUCAUGUCAAACAGCCAGUGCCACUCUCUAUUCGGCCUAGGAUCAUCGUGAAGCGUAGUGAUGAAGAUGGCCAAAAUAGACGGCUGCUCACCAUGACUUUCGCAGCUUCCGAGAUGAAGCAAGAACACAUUCUACAACCCCAUAGAUGGCUCAACUGUAUGGAUGAAUUUAAAGAUGUGUUCCAAAACGUCUGGUCGUGGUCGAUGAAACAAAAACUUCAGCAACAGGAAGCUCUCAUGCAGCCCGUAGAAAUCGCACUAAUAGAUGACGGCGUAGAUGUUCUUCAGUCUCGGCUUCGUGGCAAAAUAUCUGACGGCAAAAGCUUCGAUUAUGGAGACAAGGGUGCUAACCGCAUACGGUCGCAUUGGAUCUCGGAAAGAGGUCAUGGCACUGUGAUGGCCAAGAACAUCGUCCGCAUAUGCCCAAUGGCCAAGAUCUAUGUGAUCAAGCUUGAAACGCAUUUCGACCAUAAAGAGCAGAAGGCCAGGAUUGGGACAAGAAGCGCGGCAGAGGCAAUUGAUGCGGCAGUAGAUCGUAAAGUGCAAAUAAUUUCAAUGUCAUGGACGAUCAAGCAACCCGAUAGCAACAGCGAGGAGAAAGAAAAGUUUGACUCGGCAGUGCGCCGCGCUGUCAAAGCAGGGAUUCUUCUGUUCUGUUCUGCAGCCGACAAAGGACUACAUCAAGACAACGACUAUCCCGCGGCGUCUAAUCCCACGAAAAUGUUUAAGAUAGGCGCUGCAAAACCUAACGGCAACGUUUGGGACUGGGUGCCGAACAUAAGACACUUGGACUUUAUUAUUCCCGGAUACGAAGUCGCAGAAAAUGCUUCACUCGAUAAUGACUCCAGCCAGCACUUUCAGCCACAGACCGGAUCCUCCGUUGCAACUGCUCUAGGUGCUGGCCUUGCUACUCUUGUAAUUUGCUGCGUGCAACUAGCUUCAAUACAUACGCAAAUGUCCCGGCAAAAGGGUCAUCCAGAUGCACCAAGCUCUUUGACCCUUGAUGAUCUUCGACAUGUCAAAAAUCAUGAAAAUAUGAAAGCUGCUCUUAGGACUAUUGGUACUAGCCCAGAUAGCGACAUUUAG